AUGGCGAAAAAGGGAACCAUAUUCAUGGUGGUCUGCAUCGGCCUAGUGGCAAGCGUGCAGAGCGUUGCCUCGCUCGCUCAAGAACGUCGCAAUCUGGCGUCGGAAGUCUGCACCGAUGAUGUGGGUGAACGGCAGCAUUACUCUGAUCGUAGGAUCGAUCGGUUGGAUCAGGAUCAGGAGCAACGGCUCCUGCUGUUCAAUAAUCGGUUCGAUAGAGAGCGUGUAACGGAGGACCGGCGGGAGAAGAUGGACCAGCGCCAGGCAUUUGAUCGGUUCGAGGUGGACGUACGGCGUCACGAACCGGCAGAGCGCAGGGGGGACAUCGAUCGUGCCAGGACCGUCCGGGAACGUCGUGAGGAUAUUGAGACUGAACGUCGCGAAAGUCGUCUAGAGGACCGCCGAGAUGAGCGACGUCAGGAUAUGCAGGAAGAACGCCGUGUAGAACGUAGAGAAGAGUCUCGUGAAGAUCGUCGUGCGGAUCGCCGAGAAGAUCGUCGGGAGGAUCUCCGUGAGGAUCGCCGUGAGGAUCGCCGAGAAGAUGUUCGAGAUGAACGACUUAACGAUCGUCAGCAGCGUCGUGAACAUCGCCGAGAAGAUAUGCGUGAUGAACGACUGAACGACCGUCGUGUGGAACGUCGUGAGGAUCGCCGAGAAGAUGUACGAGAUGAACGACUUAACGGUCGUCGUGUAGAACGUCGUGAGGAUCCUCGUGAAGACUUACGCCGAGAUGAUGAACGGCGCCAGGAGCGACUAGAGCAGCGUCGUGAGCAUCUCCGUGAGGAUCGCCGAGAAGAUGUACGAGAUGAACGACUAAACGAUCGUCGUGUGGAGCGUUAUGAGGAUCGUCGAGCAGACUUAGACAAUAACCGAGAUGUUGAACGGCGCCAGGAGCGUCGUGAGGAUCGUAGUGAGAAUCGUCGAGAAGAUGUGCGUGAAGAACGACUAAACGACCGUCGUGAAGAUCUUCGAGAUGAUAAUCGAGAUGAGAGACGACGACAGGAGCGACAUGAAGAUCAGCGAGUAGAACGAGAAAACCACCGCGAAGAACGCCGUGAAGAUCGAGAUGAAAGACUGCAACAGGAGCGUCGAGCUGACCGCCGAGUAGAGCUGUCUGAAGACCGUCGAGAUAAUCGCCGAACGGAGGAGCGUCGAGCUGACCGCCGAGUAGAGCUGUCUGAAGACCGUCGAGAUAAUCGCCGAACGGAGGAACGUCGAGACAACUUCCGAGAUGAACGUCUGGAUGAACUACGCCUUGAAAACAUCCGAGAGGAACGUCGCGAGGACAGUUCGGAAAAUCGACGUGAAGUUCGUGCCGAAGAAUCUCGCAGGGAACGGGUUGAUACCGGACGACGUAGCACAAUUGAAGCUGGACGUCGAGUUGUACACGAGGAACAAAGUCGCAAUGUUCGCUACCAGGGUGAUGAGCAGCUGGCCGCCUUCCAGCAGGAAAAUGCUUUUCUUUAUCAGCUAAUCCAAACGGCCGCACUGGUAGGUUUUGCUGGCUACUGGCUGCUUAAGGGUUCCGGAGGUAACAACUUCUCCUUUAGCUACGAUGAAGAAGGAUUGAAGAAGAAACCGACAUCGAUUGUGGAUGCCAUAGGCAAGCUGUUCGGUUCCGGAAUACAAGUCAAGUAA